CCUGCGGCUAGUCUCUCUUACAAAAUAGUACUCCUCACAAUCAAUCAUGGCUGAGAUGGCUAAGAUGGUUAGUUCUGCCAUUGUUGGAGAAACAGUUGGCUUGGUCUUUUCUGGCAUAACCACCACUGGAAAAGAUGAGGACAAAUCAGAUCAAGAAACAACACGAGAUGGCCUGAGAGACUGGAAGAUGGCGCGCAUCAAAAUGGAGGCCGCGCUGGAGGCGUCCGCCAAGUGGCAAAUCACUGACGUGUCGCUGCUCCAUUGGCGGAAGAAACUGAAGCACGCUGCCCAGGACUGCGACAAGGCAACACGUAGAUGCAGGCAACUCUCUUAGAAAGAAGACAAGGGGGGAAAUUUGCGGGUGACAGCAUCGCCGCCUCUGUCAGAAGAUUUGAGAGGCUCGCGGACGGUGCUAACGAAUUCAUGAGGUUUGUGCAGCUUGGCGGAACACCUCAUCGACCGCAUCUGUUCUUCGACCCUCUCGUCGGGCACAUCUUUGCGCGUGAAUUGCUGGUGUAUCGGGUGUCCCAUCCGGGAGGCCAGCAUCGCAUCUUCGGCAUACGGCCGAUGGAUUCCAAGGAUCGUGGCCUCGAGAUCAUGCUAUCAUUCAUGUACGAAGAUCAUAAGAUGCCCAAGAACAAUUUUCGUCUCAUGUUAAUGAUGCAACUCUCGGAGAGUACAGACAUAAUAGGAACCACAAUCAAGUGCUUGCGACAGGUGACGCCUCACUUCAAGUCCACGGCUGAUGUCGCCAUCAAAGAGAUCACCCAGUUGCCCACUCAAGAUUUCUUACAUAUACCGUCAGAGGUUGCCCACAAGGAACACAGGAAUCCAAGGUUGUGGAAUCACAUCCACACAACUUUGACCGGAUGGUUCCGGCCCGAUCCAUUAUGUUGUCAAGGAUAUGAGCACAAAUACUCGCCUUCUUGUGGCUUCCUCAAUGGCAUCAGCAAGUUGAGGCUUUCUAGCAAAUUUUCAGAACCAAUAUGCCAAGUGUAUUUGCAGUGUCACAUCUCACUCUCUGAGUACAAUAACCUAUGUCUUAAAUCAUCAACCGCAACCACCAUUAGCUAUGACAACGCGUCUGCUUCUCUUGAGAAUUUCCGUCCUUUGAAGCUCGGAAUUCUAAUCCUGCCUCAUGAUUCUCUUGAGGAGGACCCAAAGUCUGCAAGCGAGGCCGGCUAUGCGAUAGAGGCGAUCAAUGGAGAGAAGCAAGAACACCUCACACAUGUCAAUGUUCAUCCGGAUCAACUUGACGAGAUGCUUAUGCCCAAGGCGGUAGAUUAUCUUUGUCAUAAUGCCGAAGCAACCACAUAUCAGAUAUGCUGGAGGUCCAACCAUGGAAGCGCACAUCUAUUUGUGGAGAAGACAAGCAUAAUGGUCGGAGCACGCAGAUCCAAACGACAAAGCAGGAACAUUAGUAAGGUGCAUCAUCGGAUGCAGCAGGGCCAACAGGUAAGGAAAGGACGGUGGAAGCAUGUAGCCAGAGAUUUCCUCAAGCUAUGGGUUGUGCGUUCCUCGGAAAGGUUGCGGAGCUCAAUUUUGGCAUUCGUGAAGCAAUCAUGACAAACCUAGCGAUUGGUUAGUGGCCUUAUUUCACAGGAACGCUA